GACGAUACAACCUUGCUAUCGACAAUCUACUGCGACAGUACAAUGAAUGAGGCGCACUUUAUAUGCGUCAUUUGUUGUGUGGUCAAUAAUGGCGGCAGAAGGCACAGAGGAUCUGGGCAACAACGGGCAACUCACAAACCCUUCAGAGCUUUAUGAGCCUGAGGCUGCAGACCUCCCCAAGACAGAUGUUAAGGAAUCAGCAGAGAGGGGUGCAGAUGGAGGAGACACCGGCGUCCCGACAACCCCCUACACAGCCGAAGGAGAAGAGGAGGAAGAGGGAGAGAUGCCUGCAGACUUCCAGAGACUUUGGAAACUUACCAGCGACAAUCCUCAAGAUUUCAACAGCUGGACUGACCUCCUGCAGUACUGUGAACAAGAGGGCCACAUGAGAGCUUGCCGUCAAGCCCUGAAUGCGUUUCUGCUGCGGUAUCCUCUGUGUUACGGUUACUGGAAAAAGUUUGCGGAUCUUGAGAGACGGGCCGGUCACGUCAAUAAGGCUGAAGAGGUGUGUGAACGAGGUUUGAAGGCAAUCCCUCUCAGUGUUGAUCUCUGGAUUCACUACAUCAACCUGCUGCUGGGAACGCUCAACAUGAACCUGCCUGAGUCAACACAGCGCAUCCGCAGUGUGUUUGAGGAGGCAGUUGCAGUCGCUGGCUGGGACUUCCAUUCAGACAGGCUGUGGGAUCUGUACGCCGAGUGGGAGAAGGAGCAGGGCAACCUGAAUUUCAUGACCGGCGUCUAUGACCGAGUACUGAGGGUCCCCACACAGUUCUACAACACACACUAUGAAAAACUGAAAGCUCAUCUAACCUCCCACCCGCCUCAGGAUGUCCUGUCCCCUGAGGAGUACAGUAAGGUGAGGAAUGAGUGCAAACAGAGCCAGAUUCAAGCCAAGAAAGAGAGAUCUGACAUCAGUGCUGAAGAAGAAGAGAGACCGCCUGGGGAGGAAGAGCCUGCAGACAAUGGCAAGGACUCGGAAGAAGCAGUGCAGAAGAUGCAGGAGCUCCUAAUGGUCAGCCGAGAGGAAUUGUACCAACAAAAUGAAGCAGAAGUCAGGAAGAGAUGGAACUUUGAAGAUGCUAUUAAAAGGCCUUAUUUCCAUGUGAAGCCUCUGGAUAGAGCCCAGCUGAAAGCCUGGCAGAGCUAUCUGGACUGGGAGAUUGCAGAAGCUGAAACCGCAGCAGUGGAUGCUGAAGGGGCGGCUGUGGAAGGCAAUGAAGGCUCAAAACAAGAGCGUGUAGCUGGGCACAAUAGAGUGCUAAUUCUGUUUGAACGCUGUCUCAUUGCUUGUGCGCUCUAUGAGGAAUUCUGGAACAAAUAUGUGCAUUACCUGGCACCACACGGGCUGGAGGAGGUGCGUAAUGUGUACCGCAGAGCUUGUGAAAUCCAUCUUCCAUACAAACACAGCAUCCACCUUCAGUGGGCUUCAUUUGAGGAAAAACAUGGUAUUAUUUCAGAGGCAAAUCCAAUUCAAAAAACACUUCAUAUUACAGCUCCUGUUCUGGCUUAUGAGAAUAUAAGAAGAGGAGGCCUGGAGCGGAGAGCAGGACGUUUGGAUGUGGCGGAGGCUCUGCUGAAGGAGACGGUGGAGCAGAGUAAAGACAAUCCCCCACUCCAUGCCUUCUACUCCAUCAAACUGGCUCGCUUUCUACACAAGCUGUGCAAGAGCCCUUCCAGGGCCCGCACUGUUCUACAGGAAGCCAUAGAGCUGAGUCCGGAUAACGGUAGAUUGUAUCACAACCUUCUGGAGCUGGAGAUGUCAGGUGACCUGCGGUCUAAUGGAGGUGGGAUUCUGCAGUGUGUGGCCAAAGCCGUUGCUGCUCCUCUCUCCCCAAAGACCAAAAUCCUUUUCUCCCAACGUGGCCUGCAAUUUGCUGAGGACUUUGGGACCACAGUACAGAGUGUGUUGAGCAUGUAUGAAGAGCACCAGAAACUGCUGAAGGAACAUGAUGCAAAGAGACAAGCAGAGCAUGGCGAUAACGGUGAUACAGAAAAGAUGAGCAAAAUGGAUGAUGCAUCAGCCUUGACAGUGCCACAGACGGCUCCACCCACAAUGCCUCAUGUUCCCAUGACAACGCCACCUCCCUCUAUGAUGGGCGGAGACAUGAGUGGAUCAUAUGGGAGUUAUGGCAGCUGGUAUCAGCAGCAACAGUAUGGAGGGUAUGGCAGCUACCAGAACCCGUGGAACCAGUACAAUCAGUACUACCCUCCCAGCUAAGUCCCUUCAAAAGCGGAGGUCUGGGGUGCUGCUUCAUGUGAUCCACUCACACAUCCUCAGUCCUCCAAAAGCCGCAGCAGUGCGUAACUUGAGCCAGUGUCAGAAGUGAGAGAUAAAAUGUACAAACCUAUUAUUGUGUUUUUAAAGGAUGUUACCGUCUCUUUCCCUGAGUUUUUUGUACUAAGUGCCACCUUACAUCCUAAAAUGCAUUUGUAGAUAUAUAUAUAUACACAUCUGUUCAUGCUUUUAAAGUAAUUUAUCUGUGAAUUGUCAAUUUAUUGACUCCCUGAAAUAUAUUGUGAACAUUUUUCAGUUGACCAUUUUGUACGAAGUUAUUUUUAAAUGUUUAAAAUUCAGUUUGUUGUGCACUCACCAUCUUAUAAUUUUAAUAAAAUAUAAUACACAAAAAAAUUUUUUAAAU